ACACAAAACACAGUAAAGAAGCAGCAGCAGAAGAACACAUAGAAGAGAGAUAGACAGAUGGGUCGUUCUCCUUGCUGUGAGAAAGCCCACACCAACAAAGGUGCAUGGACCAAAGAAGAAGAUCAGCGCCUCAUCAACUACAUCAGAGCCCAUGGCGAGGGCUGCUGGAGAUCUCUCCCCAGAGCCGCAGGUUUGCUGCGUUGUGGAAAGAGUUGCAGACUAAGAUGGAUAAAUUACCUGAGGCCUGAUCUCAAAAGAGGCAAUUUUACUGAAGAAGAAGACGAGCUCAUCAUCAAACUCCACAGCUUACUUGGAAACAAAUGGUCUCUCAUUGCUGGUAGAUUACCCGGAAGAACGGACAAUGAGAUCAAGAAUUAUUGGAAUACCCACAUCAAACGCAAGCUCCUGAGCCGUGGCCUUGACCCUCAUACCCAUCGACCUCUCGGCGCCACCGUCACUACGACGACCACCAUCCCCACCACUCCUACCUCAGACGAAGUCAUCAACUCUUCUUCGCCGUCGCCUGCGCUUCCACCGGAGAUUAUCGUUAUGAAUAGUAACCAUAACAUCAAGGCCGAAGAGACACAAAGCGGCAGCGGAACCACAGAAGAACACCAACAAGAGCAGAACUCCCAACAACAACAACAACAAUAUUCAGAACUCAACCUAGACCUCUCAAUAAGUCUUCCUUUCCAACCAGAGCCAUCGUCGGCGAGUACAGCAGAAUCGAAGCAACAGCAAUUGUCUUACCAAGUGAUUACAUCAUCAUUGUCACUGCCGGUCAUCACUCAAGCCAUCUGUUUGUGUUGUCGUAUAGGGUUUCAAAGCAGCCAAGCUUGCAAUUGCCAAACCAACAUGAUAACCAAUGGUGUACACAGAUAUUACAGUGCAUUAGAUUCACAGAUGUGAUUAAAAAUUAUAGUUCUCUGCUCUCCUUUCUUUCCCUCCAUGUAAUCCAUCUUUUUUUUAUUUUCUCUUUUCCAGUCAAAAUAGAAAACUUUAUUAUGAUUUUUGAAAAGAA